AUGUCGGGCGUCAACAAGGUGCUGUUCUACUUUGACGUUGUAUCGCCAUGGUCUUAUGUCGGCUAUGUGAUGCUACGUCGAUACGAGAAGCUAUGGAAUCUCGACAUUACGUACAAACCCGUUAAUCUCGGGUACAUUAUGAAGUUUUCGGGCAACAAGCCGCCUAUUACAGUGGCGAAUAAGGGCGUAUGGAUGUGGGCGGAGCGCGAGCGGGCGAUCAAGUUCUACGGCGUCACACUCAACCAGCCCAAAGCGUUCCCGAUCAACACGAUGCAUCUACAGACGUUCCUGGACACGCUCAGCGCCUCGGCGAGCAAGAGCGUGGUGGAGCAGGCGAUCGAGACGUGUUUCGCGGCCAUUUGGCACGACGACAAACCGUGCGCCACACGCGAGGAUGUCGAAGCCAUCUUGACCCAACUCGACAUGCCCAAGUCAAAGCUCACCGAGAUCCUGGAUAAGAGCAUGGACAAACCUGCGCGUGCAAAGAUGCAGGAGGAGGCAAAGGUGUUGGUGGAGCAAAACGGUCUGUUUGGUAUGCCGAGCUUCGAGAUCACGCGUGCCAGCGAUGGCGAACAGGCCAUGUGGUUCGGCAGCGAUCGCUUCGAACAUAUGGCCGCCUGGUUGGGUCAAUCCUACAAGGGACCGUUUGCAAACGAUUCGCGCCCCAAGCUCUAG